GUUCUCGCAGUUGCUAUGGUUAUCAGUGGGUGGGAGUCAUUGCAAAGGAAAAGCGGAAGCAAGAUGGCGGCGCUGGCUUCGGAGUUGCUGCUGCUGAGCGAUUCGAGCCGCUUCCGCGAAGACAAUUUGCUGAGCAGCGAGGAUUGGGAAGCAGGUCUCUACAGCUGCUUGGAUAAUGAUGGCGAUAUGGCAGCUGAGCUCUUCCCCUGCCUUGGGAAGAGUAUUACAACUGAUGACUGUGGCAGUUCUAUGCAGUUCAGUGAUGGAUUUGACCUAGACAUGGAAACAACCCCUCCAGAUCCACCUUGGGACCCAUUGCAAGAUUCUCUCUUCCCAGAGUUGCAGGUGAAGUCUGAGCCAGUCUCCCCUGCCUCAUCUCAUUGCUCUGAUUCAUCUGCCUCAUCCUCUGAUUUGUCUGCGGUGUCUUCCUCCUCCUCUGAGCUCCCUGGACAGGUCCCUAGCCCAGCUGACGUGGUUGGAGUGAAGGCAGAGCACCCACCAACCCCUCCCUGCAUGUUUGGAGAUGUUCUUUCACCUCCCUUUGGCACUGUCCACAUCAGUGUCGUUCCAGCAUCUGAUACAGGGAAAUUGGCAGCUUCCAACAAAGCAGACUGCAUUCUCAGCCGAAAACCUCCCAUCCAACCCAAACCAGUUGUGGUAACCACUGUUCCGGUACAGCCACCAACCACUUCCAGUAAAACCAUCUUACUGCAGCCUGUUCCUGUGACCCAGUCACAAUCUAUCAGCCCAGGAAUUUCAGUUCCAGCCCAGGGUGUUGUGAUCUCCCAAUCUGAGCUGCUGCAUCUUCCAGUGUCAGGUCUGAUCAAGAUUCAGUCCCCUGUGAGUGAAAGUCUUCCAGCAAAACUGACUCCUUCCACCCCCAAACCGGAAGCAAAGACAAUUGUCCCCGCACCAACACAAACUGGAACCUGCAGCCAAGAGGUCGAUAUCAAGGUCCUGAAACGCCAGCAACGAAUGAUCAAGAACCGUGAGUCAGCCUGCCAGUCGCGGCGGAAAAAGAAAGAAUACCUGCAAGGGUUGGAGUCGCGAUUGCGGGAGGCCCUGACAGAGAAUGACCGGCUGCGGCGGGAGAACACUCUCCUCCGUCGGCGUCUGGACUGUGUCCUGAACGAGAACAGCGAGCUGAAAUUCGGUUCUGGAAACCGGAAAGUCAUCUGCGUCAUGGUUGUGCUGCUCUUCAUAGCCUUCAAUUUUGGGCCUGUCAGCAUCAGUGAGCGUAAGGUGACAGACGUGGCCCUUCCCAAGCAGGAAGUGGAGCCUCUCCCAGGACAGAGGCAUCUUUUAGGAAUCGCAGGGGAAUUGCCUGACAUUCCAGAGGAGGAGCAGCAGGAAGAGCGGCAAUACGAGGCCCCAGCCAAGCCUGGGAAGACAUCAUUCCGGAACCUCUCAGCGCCCUUCUCAGAGAUGAAGGACCUCAUGCUGAGGGACAUCAACAAGCUCUUCCUCACUUCAGAUUGCCGCCAGUUCAACCGCACUGAAUCACUCAGGUUGGCAGAUGAGCUCAGCGGUUGGGUUCGGCGACACCAGAUCAACCGGAGGAAACCCUCGCAGUCUCGUAAAGCAGCACAAGCUAGCCAGGGCAAACAACAAAAAAUGCCUCCAAACCCCUCCAGGUUUGUUCCUGCCCACCCCCCGAGGCACAUGGAGAGAGAAUCCCUGCAUCCGCUACAGGUAUAUCAGCACCCUGAUCACACGGAACACGAUUUCAUGGAUGCCAUUGAUCGCCGAGAAGAUACCUUUUAUGUAGUAUCCUUCCGCAGGGACCACUUACUGCUGCCAGCCAUCAGCCACAACAAGACCUCUCGGCCCAAAAUGUCACUGGUGAUGCCGGCCAUGGCCCUCAAUGAGAGCCUGUAUAAUUCCUCCCUCGGUUAUGAGGUGAUGAUGCAAAUUGACUGUGAGGUGAUGGACACCCGGGUGAUCCACAUCAAGAGCUCCACGGUGCCCCCUUUCCUGCGGCGCCAGGAGGCAGCCCCUGACAACCGCACCCAGCCCUCCCCACCAUCCUUCACCGGCAGGGCCACCCGCACGGCUUUGCGGUCCCAUCGCUCCGCUUUGUCCUCUGCCAGGCGGCACCCGCAUCGCACCCUUUACCUUGGAGAGGAGCGGGGAGGAGGCUAGCUGGGCCCAGCCGGGAGGGUGGAAGAAGCCCUGGGACAAUGGUACGCACACAGUCUUGGGAACUGUGCCCCGUGCACCAGGGCAAUGAAUGGACCAGGUGACGAACGCACAGCCUGCCCUCAGCUGGAGCUGAGUCCACACAAGGGACGGAUAACCACUUCCGAGUAGCUGGCACCCGUUGUGUGGGAUGGCUGGGCCUAUCUCUUCAGAGACGUUUCCUCCCCUCCUCCACAUCCUCCUUUUUCCUUGCUGGCUCCUAGUCCGAUCUCAGCCGCUGCCUCCAAGGUGGGGUCAGCGUGGAACAUCUCUUUGCUGCUCUUUAGGGAUGACUUCCUGCUGCCCGACAUCUGCCUUCUUCCGCAGCUGGAUCUCAAAGCCUCAGCACUGCCCUUCUUCCAAAGGCUUCCUGCCUGUUUCUAGUGCUCCCUGGAGGUCGCUGCAAAGAGAGUGCUGUGUUUGAGCAAACGAAAAGGGAAUGAGAGGUGGGGUGUCCUGUCCUGCUGACUGCAAUCCUGUAUGUGUGUGUGAGAGUGGAUGUGUGUGAGAGAACAUUCUGCUUCUGCAAAGCAGAGGGAGUGUGGAUGUGAGCACAUAGGUGUGUGUACUACCCCCUCAUUUCUUCCGAUGGCACUUAGACUGCCCCCCCCUUUGAGUUCUCCUUGUGUUUUGUUUUUCCUCUAUUGUGUUUUUUUAAGAGUAAAUAAGAGCUACAAAUAAAUUUAAUGUGCGACUCUGA